GGUCAGUGUGUUCACACAAAAUCUAACCUAAAACCUCUUUUUAAAGAUAACAUAACCAUUGUUAUUGUUGUUCUUUAUCAAAAUUACAAUUUCGUUUAAGUUAAUUUAUACAAAUAUAUUUUUUAUUGAAAUAGGCCUAGUAUCGAUCAUUCAUUUAACACUAUGUUUUUAAUUUAACACAGAGAACGUUACUCUAAACAUUUUGUGUCACCAACCAAACAUAACUACUUACCGAUUACAUAAUCAAAACUGUUUUGUGUAUUCAUUCUGUCACCAUUCUUGUUGAAUGCUGAUAGCGGCUAGUAUUUUAUUUAAAUUGUGAGUUAAAAUGACAGCUUCAAAUGGAGGGAUACCAUCUGAGGAGUUCAAGAACUAUUUCAAUUCUGUGCAGACUCCAUUUCCUGAGCCAAUUGAUGGAAAAAUCGAUACUCUUCAAUUUUUAGAAGCAUCAAGAGGAGUUGUGUGUUUGGUUGAUCAAUUGGGCAAUGUUUUUGCUCCAGUCAAAUAUGAUAUGACAGGAAAUAUUGAGAAGAUCAACCAGGUGUACAACACAGACCUAGAGCGUCAUAGUAAUCUCAACGAUUUAAUUCUCACUGAGAAGUCUGCUGGAGGAAUACUAGCCACUGAUGCAUUACUGUGGUUAAGAAGAGCUCUUCAUAUGAUUCUGAGGUUUUUUGAGUUAGUUCUUGAAGAUGGAUCCAGUGAAGAGCUCGUAGGUUUGCUUAAGACAGCUUAUAGAGAAACACUCAUUACGUAUCACAAGUGGCCUCUUCAGCUUCUUUUUUCUAUGCUUUGUCGAAUGUGCCCUAACCGAUCUCGCCUGAUCCAAGUGAUGUCAUUGAACCGCAGCCACACAGAAGCAUCAGUGUACAGAGAUUUGGCAGUAUUCACCGCGGCUCUACGUCUCAACGUUGACUCAUUGGCUGCGUUCUACAGUGAACAUCAGCUAGAGUGUGAAAACAAAGUGCCCCAAUUAGUGGCCCCAAACAAAGUCUCCGGUUGGUAACAUAAGAGGGUAAGCAAGUGGAUCUAACGAACGAGGGAUCUAGAACGGAUAAGCUUGUUUAACAUUAUUAGUAAAAAAAAAACUAUAAUAUUUUUUGGCCAGGUGGUGCUCUGUUUUCAGCUUUAAAAAUAUCUGCGACAUCUAUACAGGUAUCAUCAUUGCAGCGAAUGGAAUUUUUGUCUCUUUAUUAUGUACACAAGUCACUUGACUCUUAGGAGCUCUCGUCCCUACAAAUUUCUGACACAGUCUUAAAGAUUGGGCAAAUGGGUUGGCAUUGUGACCCUAUUUCCCACUUAUUUUUUCAAUGCAUGUCUUGUUUGAAUUGUGUUUCAUGCACUGUUCGGUUCCAGUGCCAACGUCGUACUUAUACAAUACAUCUGUGCGUAUUCAGUUGAUCAUCAUGACUUAGAGGAAUUAGAUGACCUACUGGGUGAUAAAACUUGUCUUGGAUUUUGAAAUUGUAGAUCCCCUGUGUGAUCCUCUCAUCUAAAUAAGCUUUAGAGCUGAACAUGGCAAAGGCGGAAUUAAAUUGACAAAUUUUAUCCAAAUAAUUUCCUGAAAGUAUGGUGAAUUCCGCAAAUGAGGUAAACGAUCCUUUCAUUUACAGCAACAAAGAGUAAAAUUGAACUGUUUCGGCCAGUCUUAGGAAACUCUUUAUUUAUGAGCCAGACUUGGUUAACAAAUGUUAAAAUAAAAAAAUAAAUUCCCGACUUUGCUAUGGAAGUAAUAAGUCCUGCUGUCUGUGGUUAACCUUAAAAACUAUUUCAAACUACGUUUAUAUGUUUAGUUGGAAACAAAGGGAAUUGAGUUUGAUCUAAUGUCAACAGAUAGCGCCGCUGUUCCCAAACUUUAACCCUUAACUGUACUUAAGUGAUGCCCAUUCUCAAUAUUCUGAGACGUUUGCACAUCUAUGUAAAAAUACCUUUAAUUUGACACCACAAGCGUUAAUCCGUCUAGCCGUUAUCGACUUAUGACUGUGGAAAGAAAACUGCUUGAGUAUUAAUAUAUAGAUUAAAUCUUAACAUGGAAGUGGUACUUGUUUCCAUUACAAUCUAUAUAUGAAUUCAUAUAAUUUAAUGUACAUUUAGCAGUGAUGGGGUUAAGAUUGAGUUGAUAUUUAUGAGAUAUAUGGACCUGUUAUUAUCAUAUGAUUAUGAGUAGUAUAGUUUUUACUUUUUUUAUUGAAAUACUAGCUGACCCGGCGAACUUCGUAUCGCCUAAGUUAUAGGUUUCCCCUAAGACAGACCGAUGGAAAGAAAGUACCGUUACGUUUAAUUUUCAAGAUGAUCUCGUUCGCAUCGCUCAAUCACGUCCUGGUUGAAGUUCGUUCGCUACGCUCACUCACCUUUGGGUUGGAGCUCGUUCGCUACGCUCACUCACCUUUGGGUUGGAGCUCGUUCGCUGCGCUCACUUGCCUUCAGGUUAGCUCGUUCGCUACGCUCACUCGCCUCCAGGUUGAAGUUCGUUUGCUAUGCUCACUCACCUUUUG